AUGGGGGAACGGGGCUGGUUGAUUCGAUUGGAUGCAGAACAAAAGUUACGUCCUCCAUUAUCGUGGAGUAAUGGAGCCUUGGAAAAGCCAAGGGUAAUAAACACAGUAGACUUUGGCGUACUUGAAGUGGCAAAACCUUAUCUCUUGGCAAGUAAUUACGACAAGAAUUACCACAAGCUGGCUGUUUCCUUAAAUCUCGACGUCUUCCCUGCAGUCAUGCUGGUUAGGGAUGGAGUUUUAUACCUCGGAAAGUGGUCUGGUGGUGGUGUUGAAGUUAAAGAAUAUUCCGUCCAACUCUCCCCGUCGAAUCCUGAUGAUGAUGAUGAUCCCUCAUGCAGCAAAACAAUUAAAGCUAAUGAUUAUGAUGAUGUUAUUUUUUACCAAGGAAAGUUUUGUGCAGUCUCUCAGUCUGGGAAACUUGCAGCGAUGGAUUCUUCCUUUAAGUGGAAAGUGAUUGCGUUUCCAGUAUCUACUUCAAUGUGGUGGAAGAAGGAGAAGAAGAAGAACUUGGUCGAAUCUCUCGGGGAGCUGCUUUUAGUCGAAAGACAUGGUUCUACUUUUGUUGCAAAACAUUGUUCUGUGGAAGAUAUGCUCAAGAAUGAAGUCAAGUUCAAGGUUUACAAGUUGGAUGGAGUUCGGAAGCAAUGGGUUGAGAUGAAGGGUUCGGAUUUGGAUGAUCGAAUAUUUUUUGUGGGGGAAGACUGCUGCUUUUCAGUUUCUACUCGAGACUUCCCGGGAUGCCAAAGGAAUUGCAUGUAUUUUUGUUACGAAGUUUGGUGUGGUAAGAAUGUCAUCUCUAGUAGAAUUGGAGUGUUCCACUUGGAUGUUGGGAGGGGGUCGCCACUAGAAGCCAGUGCUAACAUCUUUCUGCCACCCCCAUAA